AUGGAGGACACGAUCGACUCCCUGAAGGCGCACGCCGUCCGCCGCUUCCCGAAGCUCUCCCGAUGGAUCUCCACGGAAGCCGCCGCCCGGAGCGGCCUGCAGUCUCUGGCCCUGGGCCUCAACAAGCGCCUCGCGGACGACGCCCGCAGGAGCGGCGGCAACCUCGUCUUCUCGCCGCUCUCCGUCUACGCCGCGCUCUCCCUCGUGGCCGCCGGCGCCCGCGACCGCACGCUCUCGGAGCUCCUAGGCGUCCUGGGCGCGCCGUCAAGGGAGGCCCUCGCCGGCCACGUCAGCGCCCUGACUGAGCGGGCCCUCGCCGACCAGGCCCAGACCGGCGGGCCCAAGAUCAGCUUCGCCUGCGGCGUCUCAGACCAGUCCCAGACUGGGCUGUGGCGGCUCACCGACAAGAUGGAUUGCCGCCCGGAGUUCUUGCUGGAGCACCUGCCGGGGGCCCCUGUCCCGGUCGGGGACUUCCGGCUGCCCAGGUUCAAGAUCAGCUUCUCGGCGGAGUUGAACGACGUUCUCAAGGACAUGGGGGUCCGGGAGGCUUUCGAGCAGGGGAAGGCUGACCUGUCGGACAUGGCAGCAGAUGAAAGCUCCGGCAGGAGGCUGGCGCUGCAGCAAGUGAUCCACAAGGCUGUCAUGGAGGUGAACGAGGAAGCCGAGGCGGCCGCGGUCAGUUAUUGUGGGCUGGAGGCGUGCUGUCGGAACUCCCCGCCGGAGCCGGUGCCAGUGGACUUCGUGGCUGACCAUCCCUUCGCCUUCUUUGUGAUCGAGGAGCUGUCCGGUGCGAUCUUGUUCGCAGGCCAUGUGCUUGACCCCUCCAUCGGCUGAGUGAGGGCCAAGCUAGCUAGCUUGGGUUUUAUAUAUGGGCUUUUUCAUGAACUUUUAAUUGAGGUUUAUUACUGUUCGACGGAAUUUGGUCAUUUGAAGUAUAAGCCAUAUGAACGUAGUACU